AUGGACGUCGAAAAUUUCUCCUCCAUCACAAUCUCCAUGCUUAUACUUCUGCCAUUAGUGGCUAUCUUCGCAGCCCUUGGAAAUGGUUUUGUCCUUGCUGUCAUUGCUCGGUUUAAGAAGCUUUGCACCUUUCCAAACAUUCUGAUUGCCAACCUUGCGUUUGCUGAUAUAUUUAACGCACUCAUCAACGUACCAGUGUACUUUCUUUGGGGUGUGCUGAGCGUCGAUUGGAUGAAGGGAAAGAUAUUAGCGACUAUUUCGGUUUUCCCACAUCACCUCUUUCUCUUCCUCAAUUUAGUUUCCAUGUUGGUGAUGAUGGUGAAUGUGUUUCUGGCGGUGGCCCUUGACCUGAAAUAUUUCACCUGGAAGACCAAAGAAAAGGCUAAGAAUAUAGUCCUGGUUGAAUGGCUAGUCUGUCUUACAAGUGCCGUUUUGUCGUCGUGGUAUCACAGUCAUGAUGUCGACUUAAAAGAUGUUCCCGUUUUCAGCUAUCGCCGUUCUUUUUCCAUUAAAACCAGAUAUUACAAGGCAGGCAUCAUCGCAGCCUUCAUGGUCGCCACAGCAGUAUUCGGCUUCCUGACUUUCUGCUCAAUUCGAAGAAGAAAACGGCAGGUGAGAAAAAUAAUUUUGUUAAAAAAACUUUUAGCCUCAUCUUUCGAAACCAUAAAGCAAAUUACAAGUUACAGUUCCAUUGUAUGAGUUCAAUUGUUUAUAAAUUACCUGUAGCAACUAAAACCGGAACCGUGCCGGAGCUAUCGCAGAGGUAACCUUCAUCGAAACAGAUUAGAUUUUCAGUUUUUUCACCUAAUAGUGAAAAAUUCAACUGAAAAAAUGUACCCUCACAGUAGGAUCCCUAUUCAAAUCUCCUAUUUCUUAAUGUAGCAAAAUGUUCUGAUCAUUUGUGAAUUGUUUUGCCCCUGUAUUUGGAUCUUCAGCCUUCCGAAUCCAGCUUUCAAUUUUCCUGGACCGAAAUAACCGAUCAUUGACGAAGUAGACUUAAUUAACACUCGAAAUUUUUCAAAAAUGAAGUUGAUAGUAAUGAUGCGCGCUGUUUUUUAAUUAUUCCAUAGAGAAAGAAACUUAACCUGCCUCGACUCCAGGCCGAAACUAGACUUCAACAGGAUAUCAAGGCGACCAAAACUGUGAUCAUCACUGUGCUCGCAUUCCUUGCUUGUUACAUUCCGCCCACCGUCAUUGCAGCCUGGGUUCGUUCCACUAACUCCACAGAUAUUAAAGCCUGGGCACCUCACUUAGCCUACAUUAGCAUUUUUAUUUCCAGCGCAAUUAACCCUGUCAUCUAUUGUUUUCGAGUUAGACGCUUUCGCCUUGCACUAAACCAACUUCUUCAAGAUCCCUGUGGAAAAAGCACUUUCCAAGAAACCAAACGACAGCUACGUGAUAGGGAACAAGGGAAUGUAGGAGGAGCUGAAAAAGGCAAGAAAAUCGACAAUAAAUCUCACGAAAAGAGAAGCGGAACAUACGCUCGAAAUGAAGUCGUGCCUUACCCAAACAGUCUUACAGAGGCAAGAUCAAAAGAAGAACGCCAGGAUUACACGCAUCAUGAAUUCAUUAUGGAGGUA